GCCAGCCCACUCAUGGCGUCGGAAACCGCGUCCCAGCCCUCGGGGUACUACCCCUCGUACACCGAAGAUCAGAUUCGACAAUAUCUUGACCGGGUGGAAUUCCCCGUUGACCACGACCACCCCGGUGCUUCACUUCUUGUUCCGCAGAAACAGCAAUACGACUUCUUGGUCAAAUUGAUUCGUCGACAGAUAUGUAGCGUGCCGUUCGAGAACCUUGGCCUGCACUAUUCCUACCGUCGCGAGAUCUCUCUCGAUCCGAGCCAGCUCUUCUACAAGAUUGUCGUACAGCGCCGAGGCGGAUACUGUCUCGAGGUCAAUACCUUCUUCGCCCUGGUCCUCCGAGGUUUGGGUUACGAAGUGAUUUCGGUCGGAGGGCGGGUCUCCAACCAGAUCAAGCCCGACAACAAGGACACACACGUUGAAUAUGGUGGCUGGACUCACAUGGUCAACAUCGUGACCGUAGAGGGCCAAAGGUACGCCGUGGACUGCGCCUUUGGUAAUAAUGGCCCGACCCGCCCUGUCCCCCUGCGAGAUGGCUUCACGUGUCGCAACACCGGGCAUGGCGACGGCAACAGUGAGAUGCUCCUCCGCCACGAGAGCAUCCUGGGUGGUAGUAGCACCUCCGGGCAGCUUCUCUGGGUCUACUACGUGCGCUUCAGGUCUUCGAUGCAGUGGAUCCCGGCUUACUGCUUCGGUGAGGUCGAGUUUCUCCCCAACGACUUCUCGGUCAUGAACUACUACAUCAGCAAGAGCCCCGAGUCGUGGUUCACGCGGAUCCUGGUCUGCAUGAGAUUUCUGGAGGAACCAAAUGCUACCACUGCCACCACUGGUCCCGCGGAUACCGACCGGGUCAUCGUCGGUGACGUCACUCUUCGAGACGAUACCGUCAAAGAACGGAAACACGGUCGGAGCAGGAUCAUCGCGAGGUUCUACGGCGAAGCCGACCGCAUCGCCGCUCUACAGAGGUACUUUGGCAUCGAACUUGACGCGGCAGAGUCCGAGAGCAUUACUGGGACGCUCUCUCAACUUCGUUAGACAACCCGAGGGUCUCGAGUGUUGGAGAAAUGAAGGGCUGAACGAGAGGAAGAAGAAAAGAGAGAUGUGAGACUACAGACGCUGAAUUUAAAUAACAUGCGGAGUUCCUAAACCCAAGACAUGUCACGGCUGUCAAAAUGGUGUUGUGGCGCCGCAAAGGGCGCAUCUCCACGCCAAGGUGUUAUCGCUGACGGCCCGGGUCAGGGGAGCAAAGGGAGUACAAGAUCGGUGGCUAGGAAGGUCGCAGUGUAAUGGCUCGCGUUCUCUAGUGAAAAG